UCACCAUGGCUGCCUCGCGGGACGACUUCUCUAAGAGUGAGGAUGAUGCUGAGGCUAGCAUGGACGAGGAGAAGCAGAGUCCCCGUGAGGACACUCCUCCAGCCCCCUGCGCCGUCUUCUGUGGUCCCAGGUCCUGCUCCACCCUGCCACCAACACUACCCUUACAACAACAACAACAACAACAACAACAACAGCAGCAGCAGCAGCAGCAGCAGCAGCAACAACAACUGCAAGCACAUGGAGCGUGUGAGCCCAAGCGUCGCCGUCUUUGGGGUUUGAGAGGUCUGGUGAAGAUGUUCCGACGUCGUGUGCGACGUCGUGCAGGAGAGAGUGUCGGCCCACAGCCUCCCCAGCCCACACUCAGAGCCAGGUCCACCUCAGAGUUGGCUGUUGACAUCCAGCACGGGAGGAGCAGUGGGGGUCCCUACAACCAGGGGUUGAGUGUGUCUCACGACUCAGUCUUCAGUCCUGACGCUGCUGCCGACGCCCACCACGCCCACCACUCCCACUCCACGCCCCCCGCCCUCGCCAUCGCCACCAGAGGCGUCAAUAUGGCGGAGCUGAAGGCGGCGCUGCGGAGGCGUCGUGGUGAGGACUCUGGCUCUGGUGACGACGACCCUGGUCUCCCACGUUCACCUCCCACCUCACCCACCACCCUCGAUGUUCUCAACCACGGACUCAAGAGUUGUUCGCGGGCGACACACAGCACUUGCAGUGAUGGUUCCCUGCUCUCCAUGGGCAGCUCUGAGAACGAUGAGGUGAGUACUCUUGUUAUGUUGAACACUCUGAGGACACAUUUGAAUGUAUUUUUAUUAGUACAAUCUCUAUAA